UCUGUUCUACGCCUGUUGCAGCUGCCUCCUCUCUCAGCCAUGAUCGCCAGACAGUCAAGCGUCCGUGGAGCUUCCAGGGGCUUUAGCAGUGGCUCAGCUAUUGCUGGUGGAGCCAAGCGGGUGGCCUUCAGCUCAGCCUCCAUGUCUGGGGGUGCAGGGCGCUGCUCCUCUGGGGGCUUUGGCAGCAGGAGUCUUUACAACCUCGGGGGCCACAAGAGUAUCUCCAUGAGCGUGGCUGGGUCCUGCCAAGGAGGUGGCUAUGGGGGUGCCGGAGGCUUCGGUGUUGGAGGAUAUGGUGCUGGGUUUGGUGCCGGUGGUUUUGGCGGUGGCUUUGGAGGCUCCUUCAAUGGUCGUGGCGGUCCUGGCUUCUCCGUCUGUCCUGCUGGAGGUAUUCAGGAAGUCACCAUCAACCAGAGCCUGCUGACACCUCUUCAGAUGGAGAUUGACCCAGAGAUCCAGAAAAUCCGCACGGAGGAACGUGAGCAGAUCAAGACCCUCAACAACAAAUUUGCUUCCUUCAUUGACAAGGUGAGGUUUUUGGAGCAACAGAACAAGGUCCUGGAGACCAAAUGGAACCUCCUCCAGCAGCAGACAACUGUAACAUCCCCCAGAAACCUGGACCCUUUCUUUGAGACUUACAUCAACGCCUUGAGGAAGAACCUGGACACUCUGAGCAAUGACAAAGGUCGCCUACAGUCAGAGCUGAAGAUCAUGCAGGACAGUGUGGAGGACUUCAAGACCAAGUACGAAGAAGAGAUCAACAAGCGUACAGCUGCAGAGAAUGACUUUGUGGUCCUCAAGAAAGAUGUGGAUGCUGCCUACAUGAUCAAGGUGGAGUUAGAGGCCAAGAUGGAAAGUCUUAAGGAUGAGAUCAACUUCACCAGAGUCCUCUAUGAAGCGGAGCUGUCUCAGAUGCAGACACAUGUCUCAGACACAUCUGUGGUGCUGUCCAUGGACAACAACCGGAACCUGGACCUGGACGGCAUCAUCGCGGAGGUCCGAGCUCAGUAUGAGGAGAUUGCUCGGAAGAGCAAGGCUGAGGUUGAGUCCUGGUACCAGAUCAAGGUCCAGCAGCUCCAGAUGUCAGCUGACCAACAUGGAGAUAGCCUGAAGAACACCAAGAAUGAGAUUUCAGAACUCAACAGGAUGAUCCAGAGGCUGCGGGCAGAGAUUGAGAACAUCAAGAAGCAGUGCCAGACUCUGCAAGCAUCUGUGGCUGAUGCAGAGCAGCGUGGAGAGCUGGCCCUCAAAGAUGCCUACAGCAAGCGCACUGACCUGGAGGCUGCACUGCAGAAGGCCAAGGAGGACCUGGCCCGGCUGCUGCGGGACUACCAGGAGCUGAUGAACGUCAAGCUGGCCCUGGACGUGGAGAUCGCCACCUACCGCAAGCUGCUGGAGGGCGAGGAGUGCAGGAUGUCUGGAGAAUGCAAGAGUGCUGUGAGCAUCUCUGGUAUUGGCGGCAGUGUUGGCAUCGGUGGCAGUGCUGGCAUCGGCCUUGGCCUGGGUAGCAGUUUUGGCUCUGGUUCUGGUUCUGGAAGUGGCUUUGGAUUUGGUGGUGGUGUUUAUGGCAGUUCUGGUUCCAAGAUCACCUCUUCCGCCACCAUCACCAAGAAGUCCCCACGAUAG